AUGGCGAGCUCACCGGAACCACGUACCUGUCCGUACUUGGGUAAAUUCACGGUGACGGACGUUAAUCGGAACCAACGGAAUACGCGCGAAAGCCGCAGGAGCCAGCACCAGCAGGAGUCUCUGCCCAUCCGACACGACGGCGAGAAGGUGCGGCACGCCCAGGAGAGGAAUGAAGACCGGCGGGGUCGUAAGCUGGAUUAUGAGGUGGAGAAGAGGCGGGCUAACAACGAGUAUCUGGUCCACGAGAGGAUGGGUCGGCGGGCGCGUUCGAACCGCGGCGGCAACCGGAGCCGCAAGGACUACAGCCUAGAGGAGAUCUCCUCGUCGAGGAGAACCUCGGAGCUGGAGACUUUCCGGGAUCUACGUGAGCGCGCCUUGCGAUCGAAGGUCAGACGAUCGGGCGAUCUCGAGCAACGCGUCGCCAAGACGAGGAGAUCACGCGCCGCCGAGCAUCUCGAGAAAGACACGAGACGCGCGGUGGAUCGCGGCGGGGUUGACGGGGACGAGGGUGAAACGCUCGAGGACGAGACGAGUUCGAGAGACAGGGUGAACAGAUCGAGAAGGUACCCGAAAAUAGAAGAUUUUCAUCCGCGCGAUGUCGACGCGAUCGGGCGAUUUUGGGCCGCCGAUCCGGACGACAGCUGGACCUCCAGCACGCUGCAGGUGCAGGGCGAUUAUUUCGGGGACUAUCUGGAGGUCGACGGCCCGCUGCGAAAGAGAUCCGUGCCGGUGAAUCCAGCCGACACCAAGGGUAUGACCUACAAAGAUCUCCUGAGGAUGAAGAGGGAGCUCGAGGAACGCGAGAGGGACGAGGACGUCCCGGAGAAGAGGGAGAAGAGAAACGAGGACGACUCGAGGUGCAGCUCCGAGGUGACGACCUUAACCGUGGGCUGCUCCACGGCGGAUAGGAUGGAGUUUCAAAGUGACUGCGUUGACGACGACGCUAUCACCGCCUAUUCCUGCCACGGUAGAUGGUUCGACGCCGAGGGCACGCAGUUCGUGAUCGCCACCCCGCUGGCGCGCAGAACAGCGUGGUCGAGCAGCGAGAACAACAGGGCGCAGCCUUACAGGAACAGCCGUAGACUGUGCUUCAUGUACAAAGAGAGCGGCGGAGUUGUCAGUUUGACUGCCAGCCCCAUAGCGUGUCAGAGGGGCAUCCCACCGCCCGCGCCGAUGUUGGCCUUCAACGCUACCAGCACCGGCCAGUGCAUGGAAGCGAACGGCGGACAGAUCGGCCGAUCGACGUACCUGACGAUCGUUCUGCUGACGGCGGUCGCCGCGAUAUUCAGGUGAUUCUAAUCGAAAGCGCGACGAUUAUUCGAAAACAAUUGAAGGUCGGACUCGAACGCGGCGUCGGACACUCAGUGAGAUCGUCAUAAAAAAAAACUACCCGCGACACAGAGUGGCUCGAACGAUCGAGCGCGCGCGUAAAGUUGCAGAUGAAUGCAGACCGUGAAUGAGAGGAGACGCGGGAAAGAGAGGAGCUUAUCGACAACGGUUUAGACAAUCGUGUACGCGUAGCUCCCGUUACGAACUGUCAGGAAAAACUCGCGUUCAUCUCGCGAAGAACCGAAGAUGGAAGAUCCGGGGGCGAGAAAGAAAAAGAAAGAAAGUGCUCGUUGGAUUUUCGCGACGAUCUCGUGGGAGGAUCGAGCGGACAUCGGCGGCGCGACGCGCGAUCGGAGACGAUCGGGAGAGCGUGAGUUUUCCCUGGCCAGUAGAUUUUUUUUUACCGGACGUUAGGCACUAAGAUUGCGGUCGGGCGGAGCUGGCGAGGUUUGUUGGGCGACUUUCAUGGUUAGGCCAUAUCACGAUCGGUAUCGCGGCGACACGACGCGGACCUCGGUCGAGGACGAAGGGCCGCGACUCGCCCUCGUAGGAUCGAUCGUUCCCGGCGCGUCCUCUCGUUCCAAGUCGACGGGACGCGCUAAGAUCGCUAGUUUUUACAGCGGACAGGAAACGGACGGCUACUACGAAGGGACUGCAUCCUCGAUAAGUGCGAAGGGAGACAGAGAUGAAGAAGCAUUUACUCGGUAAAUAUUUUCAUCGCCGGGCGCGCACGCUCAUUUCUUUGCUCAUUCCCGGGCAUGUACCCUCAAAGAAGUACCGAGUAAUCCGAUGAUACGCGUAAUAAUAAUAUCGAUUAAUUACAAGUAAUAACGCGCCGUCGGUUUUUCCGACGACGACCGAGGCGGAUCCCCGUUUGUCCGGCAGCGACGCGCGCCAAGGAUGAAGGGAAAUGGAUCGCGGGGUGAGUCGCUCGUCCACCCGGGACGAGCCCGGCCGAGCGAAGGAGCCGAGCGACAAACGAGACUCUUGAUUAGCGUGCAGGAGUCCCCUCAGCCGAUAAGAACAAACGCGCGGUAUUAUUUUUCCCCGGCCCGGUCGAGGAUUAAAGAAGGUCAAGAAAUUAUUAAACGCGGCUGGGGGCGGGAGGGCUCCGUUCUGGACGUCACCGUGGUACGUUCUUCUCUUCCUCGGGGCUCGCACGGCUCACCACAUUUUUCUUUAUUCAUGCGUCGAGAGGGGCCGCCGAGGAAAUCGCGCGACGCGACGCGUCCCUCUCCCGCGCGGGAGGCAGACGGGUGAUCCUUUGAUCUAUAUUUUCGCUUCAUUAGCAUCUCGUUAGACGCGACGCAAGUGCAGCCCCCGCCUGAUCCUAAGUUUUUAUUCGUCGAGGAUAAAGAUCGCGUGCGAUGUCACCGUCGAGUCGGGGGAGAACUGCCUUUAACGUUAAACGUGCGGUGGCGGCGCCGAGGUCUUUGUCUCCCGGUGAGCAAUCGAUUAGCUUAAUUAACGAUGGGAUGCCCGCGGAUGACGAUACCUCUUCGGUGGUGACCCGCUCGGCGCGAACGUUAAUGUUAAGCAAUAAGCAAUAAAGAUACACGAAACAUGUAUACAAAACGUUACACACACACACACACACACAUACACGCGCGCGCGCAGACACAUACGUUUACGUGGCAACAGUACGUUCGAGGGAACGGUGAUAACGAGGAGAAUGUUGCGCUUAGUGGAAUCGAGCGUGAAGGCGUUAACUCGAAGGAGGAACCCAAUCGGUUUCGAUCCUCGCGAUUUAAUGACGACGCAGGAAGGCCAGACGGAAGGGUGUAGGACGCUACGAUAUUAUUGUAACUAAUACAGAGUCUAUAUUAUAUAUAUUAUUGUACAACCACCUUUGUAAUAAUUAAGCUGUAAUCGAGUGACGAGAGUUGUAGAAGGAAGAGACAAACAAAGGGGGGGAGUUAGGGACAACGGAGAGAAAGAGUGAGUGCGCGUGAGCGAGAACCGAGGCGUGUAUGUGUGCGAGAAUGAAAGAAAUUGGA